AUGAAAUAUUUAAAUAUACUUUUAAUAUUUUUUAUUGUAAUUAUUGGUUGUGUUGUUAGUUUAAAAUCACCAAUUAAAUCUAAAAUUGAUGUACCAAGAUUAAAUAAUCAACAAGUUAGAUAUCCAUCAGAUGAAACUUGGUCAGAAGUUGAUACAUUUUUAGAAGAAGCAAUUGAAAAUGGUACUUUUCCAGGUUGUGUUGCUUUAGUUGGUAAUCAAAAAGGUGUCUUAUAUGCCUCUGCAAAAGGUAGUUUCACUUAUGGUAUUGGUACUCCAAUUAAUGAUUUUAAAGUACCACCAAUGGAAUUAAGUACAUUAUUUGAUAUGGCAAGUUGCUCAAAAGUUACAGCAUGUACAACAUCAGUAGCACAAUUUUAUCAAAGAGGUGAACUUAAUUUAGAUUCACCAAUUACAGAUUUUUUAGGAUUAGAAUUUGGAGUUAAUGGAAAGAGUGGAAUUUCAGUUAGAAAUUGUUUAUUACAUAAUUCAGGAUUUUAUCCAGACCCAAAUCCAUUUUGGAAUACAGCAGAAUUUAAUUGUCCAGCAACCGAGGAAUAUUAUCCACCAAUGGAAUUCACAUGUCAAAGUCAAAUUUAUCAAUCAAUUUUAAAUCAAUCAUUAAUGAACCCAAUUGGUUCAACUUAUGUAUAUAGUGAUUUAAAUUUCAUGACAUUAAUGUAUGUAGUUGGUAAUUUAGCUAAACAGUUUAAUUACAUCACUGCGGAUCAGUUAACACCAGGUUGUGAUAAUGGUGCACCUGAAAAUGCUCAAUGCUACUACGAAGCAUACGUAAGACACUAUGUUUUCAAUGCAUUGAAUUUAAAUGUCACAAAUUAUUUACCACCACAAUAUUUAGCUCCACAAUGUGCACCAACUGAAAAUGAUACAGUUUAUAUGCAUACCACAAUUCAAGGUGUUGUUUCUGAUGGUAAUGCUUAUGCAUUAGGUGGUAUCAGUGGUCAUGCUGGUGUAUUCUCAAAUGUUGAAGAAAUGUGGAUUUUCAUGUACUCUUUAAUGUUUGCUGAAGCAAAUUCUCAAUAUCUUAAUAGUACAACUGUACAAUAUUUUACAACUGAAUAUAAUCAUACUCAAAGUUCAAGAGCAUUAGGUUGGAAUACAAAUGAUCCAUCUGUUUUUGAUGAAGGCUGGGGAUUGGCUUGUGGAACAUUAUCAGCAAAGACAUGGAUGCAUUUAGGUUAUACCGGCACUAUGUUAUGUGGUGAUCCUGAACGUGAACUCAUUGUUAUUUUAUUAACAAAUAGAGUAUAUCCAGACCCUUCAAAUAUUAAAAUUGAAAAUGUUAGAAAACCUUUCUCAACAUUGGUUCAACAAGUUUAUGAUUCAAUUAUAAAUUAA